AUGUCGAUGCCAAUUACCGACAAUGAAUUAUCAGAAAUUUUGGUGAUGGAAAUUCUUUUGAGGCUUCCUGUUAAAUCCCUGAUGAGAUUCAAGUGCGUUUGCAAAUCUUGGUACUCUUCUUUUCAAACCUCUUAUUUUAUCACCAACCAUAGAAACAACCUCAAUCUCUUCUUCAAGGGUUUUGACAAGGUCCCUUACUUGUCUCUGCUUUCAACUGAAACGGAAAUUAAGAAACAUGAUGAACAAGACGUCAGGUUUAAUCUAAAAGUCAAAGAGAAAAUCCAUAUGCCUGUUUCUAUCUGUAAUAGUUGGCGACUCACAGUGUCUGGUCCAUGUAAUGGCUUGCUUUGUUUGCAUGAUGGUUAUACAAUUACCCUUUGGAAUCCUUCCACAAGAGAAGUUAAGCUUCUUCCUGAAUCCCCUACUCCUUCCACUGAUUACACUUAUUUUUUUUGCAUUGGGUUCGGGUUUGAUCGCAAGUUUGAUGAUUACAAGAUUUUAGUGAAGGUUAUUCAUUGUGUUUGGUCGAAAUCUACAUCUCAGAUUUAUUUAUACAGCCUAAAUACAAAUUCCUGGAGAGAACUUCCUCAUCCCAACGUCUUUAUUGAUCCUUUCUUGUUUAACACUUACAUAAACGGCAUUUAUUAUUGGAAAGUGACUAGUGAUGACGAUAGUUAUUUGAUCCUUUCUUUCGACAUGGCUGAAGAAGUUUUCUCGACAUUACCCUUGUUGAAUUUUGGUAUGUCUAAUGCUAGGUGUUUGUGGUGUAUUGCUCCCUUUAAUGAAGCUCUUGCUACAAUUGUUCAUCCAACGGAAGGCAUGGAAAAAUGCUAUGACAUAUGGGUCUUGAAUGGAUAUUCAUGGACUAAACAACUUACAAUUGGUCCUAUUCUUGGAGUCGAGAGGCCGUUGGCAUUAUGGAAGAAUGGAGAAUUGUUUUUGCUAAGUGAAAACAAUACAUUAGUCAUGUUUGAUCCCUGUACUGGAGAGCUUCACGAUUUUGGAAUCCACAUGUCUAAGUACACAAUGCGGCUAGUCGUUUAUGCUGAAAGCAUUAUUCCAAUCAAGGGAAUUUCAGAGUAUGAUGCAAAACUAACUCGUCAAGUGCUGCUGUAA